GAUGGCCCCCUCAGGGCAGGCCCUGCGGACACCCCUCCCUCCGGCUGGCGGAUGCAGUGCCUAGCGGCUGCUCUUAAGGACGAAACCAACAUGAGUGGGGGAGGGGAGCAGGCCGACAUCCUGCCGGCCAACUACGUGGUCAAGGAUCGCUGGAAGGUGCUGAAAAAGAUUGGGGGCGGGGGCUUUGGUGAAAUCUACGAAGCCAUGGAUCUGCUGACCAGGGAGAACGUGGCCCUCAAGGUGGAGUCAGCCCAGCAGCCCAAGCAGGUCCUCAAGAUGGAGGUGGCUGUGCUCAAAAAGCUACAAGGGAAAGACCACGUGUGCAGGUUCAUUGGCUGUGGCCGGAAUGAGAAGUUUAACUAUGUGGUAAUGCAGCUCCAGGGCCGGAACCUGGCCGACCUGCGCCGCAGCCAGCCUCGAGGCACCUUCACGCUGAGCACCACACUGCGGCUGGGCAAACAGAUCCUGGAGUCCAUUGAGGCCAUCCACUCCGUGGGCUUCUUGCACCGCGACAUCAAGCCGUCAAACUUUGCCAUGGGCAGGCUGCCUUCCACCUACAGGAAGUGCUACAUGCUGGACUUCGGGCUGGCCCGGCAGUACACCAACACCACGGGGGACGUUCGGCCUCCUCGGAAUGUGGCCGGGUUUCGAGGGACUGUUCGUUAUGCCUCGGUCAAUGCCCACAAGAACCGGGAGAUGGGCCGCCACGAUGACCUGUGGUCCCUCUUCUACAUGCUGGUCGAGUUUGCAGUGGGCCAGCUGCCCUGGAGGAAGAUCAAGGACAAGGAACAGGUAGGGAUGAUCAAGGAGAAAUAUGAGCACCGGAUGCUGCUGAAGCACAUGCCCUCGGAGUUCCACCUCUUCCUGGAUCACAUUGCCAGCCUCGACUAUUUCACCAAGCCUGAUUACCAGUUGAUCAUGUCGGUGUUUGAGAACAGCAUGAAAGAGCGGGGCAUCGCUGAGAACGAGGCUUUUGACUGGGAGAAAGCGGGCACCGACGCCCUCUUGUCCACGAGCACGUCCACCCCGCCCCAGCAGAACACCCGGCAGACAGCAGCCAUGUUUGGGGUGGUCAACGUGACGCCUGUGCCUGGGGACCUGCUCAGGGAGAACACCGAGGACGUGCUGCAGGGCGAGCACCUGAGCGACCAGGAGAACGCACCCCCAAUCCUGCCAGGGCGGCCCCCCGAAGGGCUGGGUCCCACCCCCCACCUUGCUUCCCAUCCUGGGGGUCCUGAAGCUGAAGUCUGGGAGGAGACGGAUGUCAACCGGAACAAACUCCGGAUCAACAUUGGCAAAACCCCCUGUGUGGUGGAAGAGGAGCAGAGCCGAGGCGUGGGGGUCCCCAGCUCCCCAGUGCGUGUCCCCCCAGACUCACCGACAACCCCAGUCCGUUCUCUGCGCUACCGGAGGGUCAACAGCCCUGAGUCGGAGAGGCUUUCCACUGCGGAUGGGCGGGUGGAACUGCAUGAGAGGAGGUCGCGAAUGGACCUGCCUGGCUCACCCUCGCGCCAGGCCUGCUCCUCACAGCCGGCCCAGAUGCUGUCCGUGGACACGGGCCAGGCUGACCGGCAGGCCAGCGGCCGCAUGGACGUGUCAGCCUCCGUGGAGCAGGAGGCCCUGAGCAACGCCUUCCGCUCGGUGCCCCUGGCCGAGGAGGAGGACUUCGACAGCAAGGAGUGGGUCAUCAUUGACAAGGAGACAGAGCUCAAGGACUUCCCCCCGGGCGCGGAGCCCAGCACAUCGGGCACCACCGAUGAGGAGCCGGAGGAGCUGCGACCGCUGCCCGAGGAGGGCGAAGAGCGGCGGCGGCCAGGGCCAGAGCCUGCCGUUCGACCCCGGGGACGCAGCAUGCAGACACUGGCUGAGGAGGACCCACGGCAGACACCAUCCCAGCCCCCGCAGCCCCAGCUGAGCCAGGCUGAUGGCCGGUCAGAGACAUCGCAGCCCCCCACGCCCGGCAGCCCUUCCCACUCACCCCUGCACUCGGGACCCCGCCCUCGACGGAGAGAGUCGGAUCCCACCGGCCCGCAGAGACAGGUGUUCUCCGUGGCGCCCCCGUUUGAGGUGAACGGACUUCCGCGAGCUGUGCCUCUGAGCCUGCCCUACCAGGACUUCAAGAAAGACCUGUCCGAUUACCGUGAGCGGGCUCUGCUCCUCAACAGGGUCCGGAGGGUGGGCUUCUCGCACAUGCUGCUCACCGCCCCCCAGGUCCCACGGGCUCCUGUGCAGCCUCAAGCUAAUGGGAAGGAGGAGGAGGAGGACGACGACGAGGAAGAAGACGAAGAGGAGGAAGAGGAGGAGGAGGAAGAGGAAGAAGAGGAGGAAGAAGAGGAGGAGGAGGAGGAGGAGGAGGAGGAAGAGGAGGACGAGGAAGCAGUGGCCCUGGGGGAGGCGCUGGAGCCUCGCAGUGGCUCCAGCAGUGAGGGGAGCGAGAGGAGCACUGACCGGAGUCAAGAGGGUGCGCCGUCCACGCUGCUGGCUGAUGAUCAGAAGGAGUCCAGGGGCCGGGCCUCCAUGGCUGACGGGGACCUGGAGCCUGAGGAGGGUUCCAAAACGCUGGUGCUCGUCUCCCCUGGCGACAUGAAGAAGUCGCCCGUCACUGCCGACCUGGCCCCCGACCCUGACCUGGGCACCCUGGCUGCCCUCACGCCUCAGCACGAGCGGCCCCAGCCCACGGGCAGCCAGCUGGACGUGUCUGAGCCAGGCACCCUGUCCUCCAUCCUCAAGUCUGAGCCUAAGCCCUCUGGGCCUGGGACAGGGCUGGGGGCGGGGGCAGUGCCCACAGGGGCAGGGGGAGUGGCAGUCACCUCCUCACCCUUCACCAAAGUCGAGAGGACCUUUGUGCACAUUGCUGAGAAAACCCACCUCAACGUCAUGUCUUCUGGUGGACAAGCCUCGCGGUCUGAGGAGCUCAGCUCUGGGGGCGAGCUGGGCCUGGAGGUACCCUCUGAUGGGAGGGCUGUGGAGGAGGGAACCUCCGUACUCAUGGAGAACGGCAUUGCGCAGUCAGGGCUGGAGAGCUGUGCCCUGUCUGGCCCCCCUGGGGACACUCCCUUGGAGGCGGCCAUGGACUCACUGCCCAAUGGCCCAGCACUUGCCGACGGGCCAGCCCCAGUGUCCCUGCCGGAACCAGGCCCCGAAAAACUGGCCACCAUCUCCCCUAGCCACCGUGCCAUGCCAGGUCCUCGCCCUAGGAGCCGCAUCCCUGUCCUGCUGUCUGAGGAGGACACGGGCUCUGAGCCCUCCGGUUCACUGUCGGCCAAAGAGCGGUGGAGCAAGAGGGCGAGGCCACAGCAAGACCUGGCGCGGCUGGUGAUGGAGAAGAGGCAGGGCCGCCUGCUACUGCGGCUGGCCUCCGGGGCCUCGUCCUCCUCCAGUGAGGAGCAACGGCGUGCCUCUGAGACGCUCUCAGGCACAGGCUCCGAGGAGGACACGCCCGCCUCUGAGCCCAAUGUCUCCAGGAAGGCCGGGCGGGCAGCUACCACCAGGAGUCGGAUUCCCCGCCCCAUCAGCGUCCGCAUGCCCAUGCCUGCCCCCGCCCAGCAGCCCCCCGGCAGACCCCAUGGCACGACCCCGGCAUCUGACACAGCCAUCACCAGCAGGCUCCAGCUGCAGAAGCCCCCAGGGUCCACCAUAGCUGCUGACCUCCGCCCCAGACAGCCCGCUGGCCGUGGCCUGGCCCCAGGACGAGCCCAAGCCAGCACCAGGCCCUCAGCCCCGCGCAAUCCGGGCCUCCCCGCCUCCGCUGCGCGCAAUCCCAGCGCGUCCCCCCGGAGUCAGUCCCUGUCCCGCAAAGAGAGCCCUUCACCCUCACACCAGGCCCGGCCCGGGGCCCCCCCACCCCAGGGCGCCCCGCAGACCCGGGCCCAACCUGACGGCACCCCCUCCCCGGGGGGCCCCAAGAAAGGACCCAAAGGGAAACUCCAGACUCAGCGCGCAGCAACCAAAGGCCGGGCAGGUGUCGCGGAGGGCCGAGCCGGGGCCAGAUAAUGACGCGCGCGGCUCUCCGCGGCCCCCCACCUUCACCCCGGCCCCCGACCCGCAGCCGGCCAUACUGGACCAGCUCCCAGCACAGCCUUACGCGCCUGACGCGCGCCACCCGCGGCCCCAGCUUCCCGCCUGCACCCGCGACUGCGCGCGCCAGCACCUGCCGCGCCCGCCCGUCUGCCCGGCAAGACCCGAUCGGUGGCAGGCGCCGCGCCGCGGGGGUAACGCCCGCCUCGCCUAACUUACCCCGUUACAUCACACUCCCUGCCAUCCUUCAGGUGGGGCAGGCUCACCCUCCGCCCCGGGAAGGCUCAGUCACUCUUCACCGAGGACCCCAUUAAUGGAGACGCCCCGCUCACACACCAGGCCUCUGCAGCUCUCCACGCGCCCCCCUCACCUGUGCUUACACCUCUUAACAGCGCCUUUCCCUUCUCCUGACCCUCUUCCAGCCAAAGCCUCCCCACCCCCUUUUUUCAAAAAGGCAGCCUCAAAUUCUGGAAGUGGAGGUUCCACCCUCCUCUGGGGGCCGAGCCCACAGUCUCCUGGUAAGGACCUCUUCUCAGUGGCCAGACUGAGGUUGGGGAGGUGGGACCUUGGGGCCACUGGUCUACUCAGGUGUGAGGGGACAGGUCUGGUCUGUCCCAAAGUCUGCUCCAUCCUGGACAUCCCUGUGGGAGGCAGUGAGCAGGUGAUGAGGGCUGUUCCCCUGCACCUCUAAAGUGCAAAGACCCCCUCUCCCUAAAUUUGGUUGGGGUCUCAGUGGGAACCACAGAGUGUAUGGGCUGCCUUCCUGGCAAGUGUUUCCCAGUGGGAGGUUGGAGAGGGGGACCUUAAAAAGUUUUCACCUGUCCCUUGGCCCCUUGAUCUAAUGCUCAGGACCCCUCACCAUCAGGAAUUCCUUAUUGCCAUCUAACCUCAAUUCUGCCUACUGCAGUUUCAGCCAACUCCCUUCUCCUCCUGCGUUCAGUGGAGGUGGAGAAUGGCUGGUUAUCAUCUUUUCUACCCAGCCCUUUAGAGAUUCAGGGAGUCAGUUCUGGCCAGGUCACCCCCGCUGUCCUCUUGGCUGUGAGGAGUGGGCUGGAUCAGACCAUCAUCUCCCUCAAUGGGCAGAGAGAGCAGAAACAUGCAGACAGACAGCUGGCCCCUGGACUCGAGGCAGAAAGGCUCUUCUAACUUCCAAGUUGUACGCUUGUGAUUGGUCCAGCCGAAAUCCCCUCCUCCCCCAGCUCACCCUUCAGCUUGUCCCCUCUUUCCUAACCCCAAACUGUGCAGCCAAGCUGUCCCUGUCGAGGUUGAGGACUGUACUGCUCCGUGAAUGGAUAUGGGGCGUCCUCCUGGGUCGCUCCUUCAUAGCUCAUCCCAGCUCAUCACGAGCUUCAACUGCCUACGUCUGGGCCAAGCAGUACACUGGCUGUAGAAGGGACAGCCAACCCUGCCUAUCUGGGACAGGUCCCCUGCAGGCCUCCUCCAUCUUUGGCACCCACAGCCUCUGUCCCCUGGCCUGGAUCUUCUGUUCUUCUUUGGGUCAUGGAGAGCAAGGCAAGAUAACCAGGGGAAGAGGAAGAAAGGCCCCAGCAUGCCCCAGUGGGCUGGCAGCUCCAGCCACCAUCACUUAGAAGGAUGCCCACGAGGAAGUUGGCCCCGGGAGCACCCUGGUGGUGCCAGCUGAAACCCCUUAUGGAGAGUCAGCAGGCUUGGGCAACUGCUUCCAUGCCAAGGUGGUGGUGUCUCUGCAGACCAGCCUUGGGGAGGACUCCAGGGUGGACAGCCUUUGAGGUCCACCCCAUGCUGAUGCAGAAGCUCCCAGAACACUCAGGAAACCUCUCUGGACAGAGCCCUCUUUGUCAAGCUGAGACCCUCCCAAGGCCUCUACUGCCCCCUGGGUCCAGCAGAGGGGGUGGAGGAGGGCCACUCUCUCCCACCUAGAGUUUCUCUGAAUGACAAUCAGCUCCUGCCAGGUGGAGACCCAGGCCUGACCCCUGGUACCCAGGCCCUGGGCCUGCUCCUUGCCACCAACCGAACCGUGAAUGUAGGGCCCCCAGCCUCACUCCUGCCCCAGGACCAGCAAAACCCUGGUUUGGUGUUGGGAGGAAAAGGGCAUGGCCUGAGAGAGCCCCAGGCCCAUCCCACCUCCCAGCUUCACCCAGCACUGGAGCUGGGCAGAGAUGCAAAACCCUGUCUGUCCUUGGGAAACCAGAUCUCCCCAGGGCUCCCAACUGACCUCAGGCCUCUGCAUCAUUGAAUAUCACCCACCGAGGUUGGGGGAGGCUGGGCAGGGGCAAGUGUGGGAGGGGGCUAGGCCACUGACUCUGCUCCUCUCUCCAGGAAGGACCCAGGGCAGAGGAAACCACACCUCCUAGUGCCCCCUAUCCCCCCCCAGCUGCAGCUUCUUCCCCCUUGAGCACCCAUCUCCCCCACCAAGCCCUGGGGUCCUAAGCCUCUUCUCUAUAACAGAGUGUGACACCACUACCACCACUGCACCCCUCCAGCGCUUUCUCAUCAUGAGCUCAGCCUGUGUCACUGGCUCAGAUACAGGGCUGCUCACCCCAGAACAGAACACGCCUUCCCUCCCCAGCUGCACAGGGCACCAAGAGGGUGCAGGGGAGGGGCUGGGCCCCAGGCCCUUGGACUCCCGCCUCCCCAGCUCCUCACAGGGGCCUGGCUUGCUCAGUCUUCUCAGCUCCAGGGACCAGCCCUGGUGGGCAUGGGGUGGGGGGCAGGGACGUGCCCUCCCCCUCCCCCGGGGAAGCCACUGAAGAAUGUUUACAUGCCAAACAGAAUGUAACACCCUCCCCCACCCAGUCCCAGUCACUGCAUGGCCUCCGCCCACUCUGUACCCUGUCCACCCCCAGCCCGACACCCUGGAAGCCGCUGUCAUGAUUAGAUCGGGUCUCAGAAGGGAAGUAGCCAUCACACCAUUAAAAAGCCUGUGGACCUUU